GAAAAUAGUAGAGGGUAUAGCUAGCUAGGCGUAGACCUAGAAUAUUUAACGUUAAUUUGCAGCAGACUAGCAAGUAAAUGGAGUCCAAAAAGUCUAAUAAGAUCAGUGAGAUCGUCAGGCUUCAACAGAUUGUCAAGAAGUGGAAAAAGCUGGCCAAUGCAUCAAAGAAAACGACCAACACCGGCAGCGGCGGCGGAAAGAGUAUGAAAUUCUUUAAAAGAACACUAUCUUUUAAUGAUGUUUCAGCAGCGACAACAGGGUAUGGUAGUGAGAUCGUUCCCAAAGGGUUCCUGGCUGUUUGCGUAGGCAAAGAGCUGAAGCGAUAUAUCAUUCCUAUGGAGUAUUUGGGGCAUGAAGCCUUUGGGAUUCUCCUAAGAAAAACUGAAGAGGAGUUUGGGUUCCAACAGGAAGGAGUUUUGAAGAUCCCUUGUGAUGUUUCCAUGUUUGACAACAUCUUAAACUUGCUUCAACACAAAAAAGAUGAUGAUGAUGCACUCUUCUUCCGUCUUGAUAAUUCUUACUUAACACCAUCUCAUCAGCCUCAAAUGUGUAGAUGAUCAACUCUUCUUUUUCUCUCUCCCUUCCGAUUUGCAUUAGAAAUAUAAAAAUGGAUUACAUAUGUUUAUAUUUGGUUGAAAAUCACUUGUUAUCACUACAUGUAUCAACCAAAUUAAACUCGGAAUUACCAAUCUUUGUAUCACUUUAUUACCCAUUUAG